AUGACUCCGGCGAUAGACGACGACGGGGCCGCGGGAGUGGGGGUGCGAGAGGACGGCGGAGAAACCCGGGAUUCGGAAGCUCCGGCGACCGGCGGCGCCGAGGGCUUCCCCCUCGUUAGGCAGCAGUCCUUGCUCUCUCUCACUCUGGACGAGUUCCAGAACGCCGUCCGGGGGCCCGGGAAGAGCUUCGGGUCGAUGAACAUGGACGAGUUUCUGACGAACAUUUGGACCACCGAGGAAGGGAGCGCCGGCGACGACGAGGAGGAGCCGGCGGCGCGCCAGAAGGACCUGCUGUCGGUCCCGGCGCCGCUCUCCCGGAAGACAGUGGAGGAGGUGUGGUCGGAUAUUCACUGGGACCGGCAGGAGCCGCCGCCGGCGAUGGCGCCGCCGCCGCCGGGGAACCCCCAGGAUAUGGGGCGUUCUCAGCGCCAGCCGACCUUCGGGGAAAUGACCCUCGAGGACUUUCUGGUCAAGGCGGGGGUCGUCCGGGAAGGAGGGCACCUCCCUUGCUCCUCCCCGCUGCCCCUCAAGCAGCUUCCUCUCCACUCCCAGCAGGUGCAGCAGCACCAGCAAAACGGUUACGGCUUGCCUGGCGGCUACCAGACGGCGAGCGGGCACCCAGAUUACGGCCACGUGGCGGGCGAGGAAAACACGGUCGCUGCCGACAGAUCCUACCGUAACUACCACCCGAGACAGGCGCUGGAACCAGGCGGCGCCGGGAACAGCUACGGCGGCGGCGGUGGGGAGAGGACGGGUAAUGGGCACGCGGGGGCGGCCUCUCCGCUGAGCCCCGCCUCGUCCGAGAGCUUGGACAGAAGCAACGCGAAGAGCGGGCCGUGGGACACCGGCGGGCCGAGGAGAGGCGGCGGCGCCGCCGCUGCUCCGUGGGGGAGGAAGCGAGUGCUGGACGGGCCGACGGAGAAGGUGCUGGAGCGGCGGCAGCGGCGCAUGAUGAAGAACCGCGAGUCCGCCGCCCGCUCUCGCGCCCGCAAGCAGGUAGCUUGCUCCCCUCCCACGGCCCAGCGCUCAUCCCUGGAGUCCCUGAAAGCGCUAUUCUCUUCUCUUAUCUUCUCUUCUUUCCCCAGGCCUACACCGUGGAGCUGGAGAAGGAGCUGAACUUCCUCAAGGAAGAGAACGCCCGCCUGAAAGACGAACAGGUUAGCUAAAAUACACACACACUCUCUGUCUUCCUCCCUCCCUCUCCGGGGGUAUUUGCUUGCUUCUCCCACGCCGUGGCUGAAGAACGAGCUUCUCCGCGUGGACAGAGAAAAUUCGCGGAGCGGAGGCGGCAAACGGUACCUUCUCCUCCUCGGCCCUCUCUCAUCCACCAGACCCUCUGCCCCGAUGACCGAUCCCAUAUCGUCGUGCAGCUCCUGGAGUCCAUAGCGGAGCAGUCCAAGACGAACCUGAAGAGGGACGCCAAGUCCGGGAGGCCCGGCAUCAGGCUCUGCCGGAGCUGCGUCUGGUGA